UCCAUUUUUGUUAUUCAGUUUAAAGGAUGAAUAUCAAUAACAGUCUUUGCUGGCUUCUACUCCCAUACUUUCUCUUUCUUCUUUCUCUUCCUUCUUCUUCUUCCUCUUUCUGCAACCACCAUGACAGUUCUGUCUUACUACUUUUCAAAAACUCACUUGCUCUCAACACUUCACAUCAUUAUUAUUGGUUUGUUGAUCAUUAUCCUUGGCUUCAUGAUUAUUGCUCUUUUUCUUCAAAGACAGAAUCAUGGAAAAAUGGCACAGAUUGUUGUGAGUGGGAUGGGGUCACGUGCGACAUCAUCUCAGGCCACGUGAUUGGGCUUGACCUUAGCUGCAGUAAUCUUCAAGGUCAACUCCAUCCCAACAGCACCAUCUUCAGCCUAAGACACCUUCAACAACUCGACCUAUCCUAUAAUGAUUUUUCAGGCUCUUCAUUAUAUUCUACAAUUGGUGAUCUCGUCAAUCUCAUGCAUCUUAAUUUGUCAUACUCUCAAAUCAGUGGUGACAUUCCCUCCACAAUCUCUUACUUGUCCAAAUUACUGUCUCUUGAUCUCGGUUGCCUCUACUUGACAAUUGGAGAUCCCAACUACGCGAGAAUGAGAGUUGAUAGAUACACUUGGAAAAAGCUCAUUCAAAACGCAACUAAUUUAAGAGAGCUUUAUUUAGAUGGCGCAGACAUGUCUUCUAUCAGAGAGAGCUCUUUGUCAUUGCUAACCAAUCUGUCUUCCUCUUUGAUCUCCCUUACACUUAGAGACACCAAAUUGCAAGGGAAUCUAUCGGGUGACAUCCUCUGUUUACCCAAUCUUCAAAUACUAUCUUUGAGUGGUAAUGAAGACCUGCGAGGUGAACUUCCAAAGUCCAACUGGAGUACUCCACUAAGGCACUUGGGUCUCGCUUAUACUGCUUUCUCGGGAAACAUUCCCGAUUCCAUUGGCCAUUUGAAGUCUCUUAACAUACUAGUUCUGAAGAAUUGCAAUUUUGAUGGACUGGUUCCCUCAUCAUUGUUUAAUCUAACUCAACUCUCCACUUUAGAUCUUGGCAACAACCAUCUCACGGGGUCAAUUGGUGAAUUCUCAUCAUCUUAUUCUUUGGAAUACUUGAUCCUCUCUAAUAACAAACUGCGAGCACCACUUCAAAAUCUUCUCCAACUAGAUCUUUCUCAUAACAACAUUCGUGGAAGCAUUCCCCAUUGGUUUCAUGAGAAGCUCUUACACUCCUGGAAGAACAUUGAUUUUAUUGAUCUUAGUUUCAACAAGCUGCAAGGAGAUCUCCCAAUUCCACCCAAUGGAAUUGAAUACUUUUUAGUCUCAAAUAAUGAGCUGACAGGGAAUAUUCCUUCAGCAAUGUGCAAUGCAAGCUCCCUCAAAAUACUCAACUUGGCUCAUAACAACUUGACAGGCCCCAUUCCACAAUGUCUGGGAACAUUUCCUUCUCUUUGGGCAUUGGAUUUGCAAAACAACAACCUUUACGGUAGCAUACCUGGGAUCUUUUCUAAGGGAAAUGCAUUGGAGACUAUAAAGUUGAAUGAAAACCAAUUGGAUGGACCAUUACCUCGGUCUUUGGCCCACUGCACAAAUCUGGAAGUUUUGGACCUGGCAGACAAUAACAUAGAGGAUACAUUUCCCCAUUGGUUAGAAAGCCUGCAAGAGUUACAGGUACUCAGUUUGCGAUCAAAUAAGUUUCAUGGUGUCAUCACUUGUUACGGAGCCAAGCAUCCGUUUCUCAGGCUGAGAAUUUUUGACGUCUCAAAUAACAAUUUUAGUGGGCCCUUGCCAACAUCAUACAUCAAGAACUUUCAAAAAAUGAUGAAUGUGAAUGCCAACCAAACUUGUUCAAUUGGUUUGAAAAAUGUGGUUACUACCCGCAGUCCUUAUAAUGAUUCUGUAGUGGUUGUAAUGAAAGGUCGUUACAUGGAGCUGGUGAGGAUAUUUUUUGCUUUCACGACCAUUGAUUUAUCAAAUAAUAUGUUUGAAGGAGAACUUCCAAAAGUCAUUGGAGAAUUGUAUUCUCUCAUAGGGCUUAACCUUUCGCACAAUGCAAUCACGGGUACCAUUCCAAAAUCCUUGGGUUAUUUGAGAAAUUUGGAAUGGUUGGACCUAUCGUGCAACCAGUUGACAGGAGCGAUUCCUGUGGCUUUGAUCAAUUUGAGUUUUCUGGCUGUGUUUAACCUUUCACAAAACCGGUUUGAGGGUAUCAUACCUAUAGGUGGACAGUUUAACACAUUUGGAAAUGAUUCCUAUGCUGGAAAUCCAAUGCUAUGUGGAUUCCCUUUGUCAAAAUCCUGCAAUAAGGAUGAAGAUUGGCCACCACAUUCAACAUUUCAGCAUGAAGAAUCAGGAUUUGGCUGGAAAUCUGUAGCAGUGGGGUUUGCAUGUGGGUUGGUAUUUGGAAUGCUUUUGGGAUAUAAUGUUUUCAUGACUGGGAAACCACCAUUGCUUGCGAGACUUGUUGAAGGAGUGCAUAUUUCAGGAGUGAAAAGAACAAAUAACAGAAUCCAUGCAAACUGACAAGGAAUGCAUUAGUUUAAUAUGGUUCUGUAUUAUAUGUGUGUUUAUAUCAGUAUGUAUGUAUUUUAUUUCUUUUUUGUAAUUUUCAUCUUCUUUGUUUGUGUAAUGAAAUUUCAACUCUCAAUAUUAUCAAGUGAUGUAUUUCAACUCUCGAAGACAGUCCAUCAAUCAAUAAAUCAAAAGUUUUACUGA